AGACGCUCGGGCCUGCUCGAGUCCGUCCGCAUGCGCUUGGGCACUCGUCGGUAAGGCGCAGAAGGAUAGAGGACUAGUUCUGGAGUGGUAGUUAACAGUCUUGACACACUGCAUCAAGAGCGUAUAGGAGUCAUUCACUGUGCCAAAGUACAUACUUUCACAAUGCGGAUGAGACAGAAUGUCCAGAAUGAGACAAUAAAAUGCGCUUGUGAGACUGCGGCUGACUGUGGUUUUUGCAGUCCCAUUACCAAAAAUAUGCUGAUGAUAUUCACCCUCCUCUGUGGGUGCUGUAAUUACCAUAUCACCAUGGCUUGAGGAAACGAGCCAUCGUUUUUUUCCCUCCUUUUUCCUACUCCUUAAACAAGCCAUCUGGACUGUUUCUCAUACGGGUAGAGGUCUACAGGAAGUUUUCUCCUGCUCCUCUGUAAAGAUAUCAGGUUUCAGAGGUUAUUGAAAUUCUUUUCUACUCUCAUCUCUCUUGGGCAGUCACAAGAAUUUGACCGAUUGCAACUGUUUAUCACAGACGAGGCACGGAUUGUUCUUGUUUUGACACUGGCCCCUGGGCUGUCAAAACUGAGGGACCGCACUAGGUCAUUUUCGCUGGAAGCGUGGGGCACAUGUUCUGUGUAGAGGUGGGAUUAAGGGGAAACUGGAAACUUGUUGACAUCCAGAACUUUGCUUUGUUUUUUUCUGACCUUUUACUGAGGUUCUGGCCUGUUUAUAGAUUAGUAAAGACAGCAUUUCAGUUUCAGAGAGGGGGUUUAUGAAUUGAGCCUCGCUAUUAAUGUACUUCAUAUGUAUUGCACAAAACAUUUUUGUUAUGCACUUACAGAGAGUGCCUAUAGAGAACCAAGUCACAAGUCUGACGAUUCAUUGAAUGAUUACUGAAAUCUGGUUCAGGAUUACACCGAAUCGAACCGUUAUUAGACUUCUGUUUUGGGUUUUUACCAGUUUUACUGAUUUACGCCCAGUCAAACAAUAAAUAAAUAAAUAACCAGGUGGGUUCAUGGUCAGAUAAGUGUGAUAUUGCUCUGAGAAACAAUGGCUCUUUUUUUGCAGUGACGUAGUUUCCAUAUUUGGAUUGCGGGCAGUCGGAGACGGUAGAUAUUGUGUUUGUGUUGACCUCAGGAUGUCCUGGGGAAGACGUCACGGCAGCAGCAACGCAGUGCCACUGCUGGCUGGCGGGGGCGGGGCCACCUAGGGCUGGUAUUUGGCCAUGGAUAGCCAUACAUCUCCGUGAAUUCUUCAGGGGUCCCCUUACUGUGGGUCGCACCUUAACACCACCCAAAAAACCACAAGAAGCUCUCUUGAAGACUUCUCUCUCUCUUUUGAAGAUGUCUUUUGAAGACAUCUGAGAGGACAUAGCUGAAGACGUUUUUUGUAAGGAGCCGUUCUGCUGCUGGAGGAGAGGAAACUGAGAAAAUAGUUGAACGGCGAAGGAGUUCUCUCUCUUUCUCUCUCCUGCUCGCUCCCCCCAAACUGAGAGCAGGUCCAGUUGUGGUUUGGGCUGAGACCGCAGGGCGCUUGCUUUGUGUUGGCUUGUGUGAGCUGGACGGGGAGGUUUAGGUGUAGAUAAGUCACAGAGGCGGCGUUAAACGUCGGGUUUGAAUGCGAGACUGCAAGCAGUGCCGGAGUAUUUCCUGUGGCACAGUAACGCGCAGACAGGAAACCGCUGCAGAAGGUGUGAACUUCAAAGAAGUAAAAGAAGAAAAUAAACAGAACCUUUUUGGAGACAUAUAUGCUUCUAUCGACACAUUGGCGUUUACUUUUGGCAAUGUAGUGUCUGACUUCCUUAUGGGAGAUGUAGACAGUGGUUCAGCGCUGGGCCUCCUGGAGAGCCGGAGAAGUCGGUCGUUUGAGAACCUCUCGGUGGAGUCCGGAGCAUGCGUUCCGGAGAAAGAUGACCUGGCAGGGCCCCCGCCGCCGACGGCCCGCGCCGAGGAGGUGGACGAGGCGCUGCUGACGAGCGACAGCGGCGUGGAGUCGGCCCUGCUCUACGCCAAGGCCUGGUCCAAGUACACCAAAGACGUCCUGGCCUGGGUGGAGAAGAGGCUGAGCCUGGAUAUUGAAUGUGCGAAAGGCUUUGCUAAAAUGGCCGAAUCUGCAAAGACGCUUGCAAGUCAACAGGACAACAUGCCAUUCCGGGAAAUUUAUAUAUCCGCUUUUAAGAACGACAUCGAGUACAGUCAAGUUCUGCUUCAGACUGCGUCGGCCCUUCAGUCCAACAAAUUCAUUCAGCCCCUGUUGGCUCGCAAGAAUGAGCUCGAUAAACGCAGGAAAGAAAUCAAAGACCAGUGGCAGAGGGAGCAGAAGAAAAUGCAGGAGGCAGAGAGCGCUCUGAGGAAGGCCCGGCUCCUGCAGGCGCAGAGGCGGGAGGAGUACGACAAGGCCCGCUUCUCCACCAGCCGGGCCGAGGAGGAGCAGCUGGCCGGAGGAGGCAAGCAGCUGGAGAAGAGGAGGAGGCUCGAGGAGGAGGCGCUGCAAAAGGCAGAAGAGGCUAACGACCACUGCAAAGCCUGCGUAGCCGACGUCGGGGUGAAGAGGAUCGAGCUAGCCAACGGCAAAAGCGAAAUCCUGACGCAGAUUCGCGAGCUGGUGUUCCAGUGCGACCUGACUCUGAAAGCGGUGACGGUCAACUGGUUCCAGAUGCAGCAGGCCCAGGUGGUCUCCCUCCCGGUCAAUCACCAGUCCCUCUGCGAGAACGCCAAGCUGUACGAGCCGGGCCAGCAGUAUUUGGAGUUCGUCAAGAACCUGCCCAAAGACACGAGCCGAAUGGACUCUUUCUCUUUCGACGGCCCCCAGAACUCUGUGUUGCCCUUCACUAAGCGAUCAAUGAGCAGCUCCUCCCAUGGGAAUCUGUCUCAGAUGUCAGUCACCUCUGGCGAUUUCCAGAGCGCCGAUGAGGUCGAGAGUCCGGUUCACACACGCCCGGGAAAGAUGGAGGAAAGGCGGUCCCACAGCACCACGGACAUCCAAGCGCUGAGGACCCAGGGGCCGUUCCGGACCUGGGCCUCGGGCAGCCAGGGAGGGGGGAUGUGCAGCGACUCAGAGAGCGCGGGGGGCAGCAGUGAAUCCCGAUCCAUGGACUCCCCUACCGCCAGCCCAGGUGACUUUAAAAGAAGGCUUCCCAGGACCCCCUCCACAGGCACCAUGUCCUCCGCCGACGACCUGGACGACAGAGAGCCUUCAGACAACGGCCUGAGUGAAAUGGUGACGGAGACGGCCAGUUCCCCCGGACCCUUCCGGAAUGCGCAGAUGUCCAAGGCCGCGCAGACCCACAAGCUGCGGAAACUACGCGCCCCCUCCAAGUGCCGGGAGUGCGACAGCCUGGUGGUGUUCCACGGAGCAGAGUGCGAGGAGUGUUCUCUGGCCUGCCAUAAGAAGUGUCUUGAAACACUGGCGAUCCAGUGUGGCCACAAGAAACUGCAGGGAAGGCUGCAUCUUUUUGGAAUUGAUUUCACCCAAGCGACCAAAAACAACCCUGAUGGAAUUCCAUUCAUUAUCAAAAAGUGCACCUCUGAGAUUGAAAACCGGGCUUUAAAUAUCAAGGGUAUCUACCGAGUAAAUGGAGCAAAAUCUCGAGUAGAGAAGCUUUGCCAAGCGUUCGAAAAUGGCAAGGAUUUGGUGGAACUGUCUGACCUUUACCCUCACGAUAUCAGCAACGUCCUCAAGCUUUACCUCCGCCAGCUCCCAGAGCCCUUGAUCUUGUUCCGUUACUACAACGACUUCAUCGGCCUGGCGAAAGAGUGCCAGAGCAUCAUCGUGGAACAGGCGGAGGAGAAUUCGCAAACGAGCGUCGAACUCAACCGUGUCAUCUUCAAGAUCAGGGACCUGCUCCGUCAGCUGCCCCGGGCCCAUUACAAAACCCUGCAGUUUCUCAUCGGACACCUGUUCAGGGUGACGGAAAAAGCAGACGAGAACAAAAUGACGGCCAGCAACCUGGGGAUCAUUUUCGGGCCGACUCUGAUCAAACCCAGGCAGACGGACGCCGAGGUGUCCCUGUCCUCGCUGGUGGACUACCCUUACCAGGCCCUGAUCGUGGAGCUGCUGAUCCGCUACUACGAGAAGAUGUUUGACGUGCCCCUGAGCCCGGUGUCCAUCUCCCCCUCGGCCAGGGAGAGCUCCCCUCUGCCCUCCAAAGUCGCCGAGGUCCGGCUGACCCCCCGGGAGAAGGAGCAGCAGCUCAGCCGGCACUCUAUGUCUCUGGUCGACAUUAAAGAGCAGAGUUCUAAAGUGUAUAAAAGGCACUCCUCUGUAAUUCCUUCCACUCAUUUGCUGGAUGAAGUUAAAGAAGUGAAACCAAUGCCAGAUGGGUUGGAGUUUGCACCCGCUGUGGAUGCAAAUUCAGAGAAGCACAACGGGCUUUCGUCUAAGGGCCUGUCAGAGGUCCAGAGGUCCAACUUUGUGUUCAGCAAGUCCAAUCACAGCACCCCCAAAGUCCAGUUGCGGUCGCCGCGGGACAAGCUAAUUUCCCGGCCAAUCAGCAUGCCCGUGGAUCGGCUGCUCAACCCCGCCCAGGUCAACGAGAGGAACUCCAGAAACGCCAUGGAGACGGAGAGGAGCCCAGCCAUACAGGAGGUGGCUGAACCAGUGAAGCCCAGCUCUAGAGUGAGCACCUACCGCAACACUUACAUCGACACCCAGAGCCUUAGGCGAACUUGGGACAAGCAGUACAAGCAUUACGACUUCACUCCUAGGACAGCUAUGAUCAUGGCUAACAUACCCUCGAACGGCGGGUCUGGCAGUACCGGGACCUUGUCGGCCUCCCUGCCGGCUUCUUCCACCUCUAGCACCACCAGCACCAUAUUAGCCAACAAGCCGUACAUCGCAGCGGUGCGGCCGGGGAGGACGUCGAAAAAAGACGAGCACAGCGGCGAGUCUGACCCCCCCGCGUCCAGGGUCUUCCGAGCCUCUCGGACGUUGCAGCCCCCGCCGGGUACUUUUUACAAGCCCCCGCAGAGCGUCAGAACGAAGCAGCCAGAGGAGCCGGGGGCGCAGACCGGCGGCGAAGCAGCAGCCGGCGCGGAGCAGACGGCUGCGGCGGGGGAGGAGCCCAUAGACGCGUCCCCCGUCGCCCCCCCGCAGCCUCAGUCUGCCGGCUCCAGCCCCGAAGAGCUCAGCCAAAGCGAAGCCAAGCCAGUGUACCAGAGACUCCGCCCACGGCGCCUGCAGGAAUACGAACACAGGGAAGCACAUUUUGUGUGAUCAUUCGUAACUUAUACAUCACAAUUAUAUGCAACAUAUUGUUCUGCGUGUGUGGUGUAUUGCGUAUGUUUGUAUGUAUAUAUUAACAUACAUGUAUACACAUGCAGUUUGUGCCAUAUUGUAUAUGAAAAGAAACCACUUAAAUAUUUUCGGCAACUGUGAAUAUGUACCAUUUAAGUGUUACAUAUAUUAAUAUAUUGUUAUCUGUUAUGCCACAGUUUGUGCUGGCAGGAGCGAGAAGUGGUUCCUGAGUUAAAGCAGGGUGCACUUAGUGUAAGACAAUGUGUGUAUUUAUUAGUUAUUUAACACGAUAGUUGCGGCAUCUUUUUUAAAGGUAUACAGAAAUUAAAUUAGGGCCAUAUAAUCAAAACCUGCAUUAUCCAGUACUGCCAUUUCUAUAUUAACUAUAAAUUAUUAAACAUAAAACAAUAUAUGAUCUUUUGCAUUACAUUUUUUUCUAUUUUUACCGUUACAGGAAAGGCAACAUGAGUUUCUCUUAUACUGUGCAAUGGCUUUUGAACUAGGAAGACAUGAGCUGUAUUGUUAAAAAAAAUUUUAUAAAGUAUUUUUAUCCUGCAUUUGCGUGUUUAUAUGCCAAAACCCAAUUUCAUUUUUUACAGCAUUGCAUGUAAUGUCACUUUAUAACUGUUACGAUGCACUUACAUAUUUUUAAAUGUAUUCAGUGCAUCUUUUCAGAUCAUAGUUUCAGUACAGUAUAUUUCCAAUGGAACACAAUGCAGUCUAAUAUGUGAAUGCAUAAGUCUUCGUUUUGAUUAAGCUUCAGCAUGUGUCUGAUAAUGUAUGUCAACCAUAUGUAUCUGUUUAUAUUUUGUAAAUAUAACCUGCAAAGGAGUAUCUUUGCAGAAUUGACUUAAAUGUAUUAACUUUCUUUCCACUUACAAGUUCAGAAAAAUAUACACCUCUUCUUUUUGUAAAUUAUUAAAAGUGUAGAUAACUGAAAAAAAAAUGUUGAUGAUGAUGCUUUGUUUUUUAAAUACUUUUGAUAAAUGGUUUGGUUUCCAAGUUCAGCUUCCUUGUUUUGUUAUAAAAGGAAGUUAAACUGAUACUGUAUCUACCACAGGUAAUGUUUUCUUUAAUUUGUUGAGGAAGUACCAACUUUGAGAGAGAUGAUCACAUAAUGACUGAUACUGGCAAUAAUUAAGUGUGACAUUUGAAAGCAAUACACUUUGAGUCAAUGAAAAAUAUAAUUAAAUUUAAUUAACAAGCCAAUUAAACUAAAACAUUUAUACUGUAGGAUUUUCUCUGGAUAUUUCUUUCAUCUAGCUGCUGGCAGUUAGACUCAGGGGUCAAGUCACUACUGUUGUGUACUGGUUGAAGCACUGUGAUUCCCGCUGUAUUUUACAACUAUUUGGUCCUUUUAAUGAUCUUUAUGAUUUACAUGUCUUAACAAUUCAUAUUACAGUGUAUUAUAAUAAUGCAUUAGCAUUAAACUAUGCCCUUGUUUAUCUUAGCUGAAUUAUAUGUAUUUCCAUGACAGUAUUAUAUAUUAUUAAACUUAAGAAAUCUUAACCAUUGAAGUUCACCUCGCAUAAACCAAUGUUAUAGCUAUACAACAUAUAUGUCUAUAGAUACUGUUUUGGGGAUAUCGCCGAUACCAACUGAUUUGAAUCUCUCAUUCACCACCUACUAAUUUCUUAUGGAUUAUUAAAUUUGUCUGAAAAUAAAAUGCAGUAACAGUCAUGCAAUUUCUGAU